CUUCAUCAUUUCCAAUAACAACAACAACAAAAAUAAUGCAUGAUGAAAGACAAAAUGAUGAAGAAACAUCUCUUGUGUUUGAUUUCCUUGCAAACAAUUCAAACAUUCCUCCACAAUUCAUAUGGCCAGAUGAUGAAAAGCCAUGCCCUCAGCCACCACCCCUAUUACAUGUUCCUCCAAUAGACUUGAAUGGCUAUCUCUCCGGUGACCCCCUCGCGGUAUCCAAUGCCACUCGUCUUGUUAAUGAGGCAUGUCGAAAGCAUGGCUUCUUCCUUGUUGUUAACCAUGGUAUCGAUACGAAGCUCAUCAAUGAAGCUCACAAGAAUAUGGAUUUCUUCUUUGGGAAGCCACUUGUUGAAAAGGAAAAAGCAAAGAGAAAAGUUGGUGAUUAUUGUGGUUAUGCUAGUAGCUUUACUAGUAGGUUCUCUUGCAAUCUUCCUUGGAAAGAAACACUUUCUUUUAGAUAUUCUGCUGAGUUACCCUUUUCACAUCAUAUAGUCCAAAAUUACAUCUUGAAUGUCAUGGGACAAGAAUACACUCAUUUUGGGGAUGUGUACCAAAAAUAUUGUGAAGAAAUGAGCAAGCUUUCCCUUAGUGUGAUGGAGCUAUUAGGUGAGAGUAUUGGAGUGGGAAGAUCAUAUUUUAGAGAGUUUUUUGAAGAGAAUGAUUCAAUAAUGAGAUUGAAUUACUACCCAAUUUGUCAAAAGCCAGAUUUGACUCUAGGGACAGGACCUCAUUGUGAUCCUACUUCCUUAACCAUUCUUCAUCAAGAUGAUGUUGGUGGCCUUGAAGUCUUUGUGGAUGAUAAAUGGCACUCUAUUCCUACUAAUACUAAUGCCUUUGUGGUCAACAUUGGUGAUACAUUCAUGGUAAUGUCAAAUGGUACAUACAAGAGUUGCUUGCACAGAGCAAUUGUAAACUGUAGAAGAACAAGGAAGUCAUUGGCAUUUUUCUUAUGUCCAAAACAGGACAAGAUAGUAAGCCCACCAAAAGAGUUGAUUACUAAGAAUCUACCAAGGAAGUUCCCUGAUUUCACAUGGCCACUUUUUCUUGAAUUCACUCAAAAACAUUAUAGAGCUGACAAAAAUACUCUUGAUGCCUUUGUCCAUUGGCUUCUACACAAAACCUAGCUCCUACACACAUAAUAAUAUAUACUAUCUCCUUUUAUUUCUAUUUGUACUAUGCUAAGGUUUGAACUUUAAUUUUUACCAACAAGAAGAGAACAAUUACAAUGGGGAAUAUAAUCUUAGUAGCUCAGCUGGUUAGCUACUUGAAUUUUCACCUUGUUGGUGACAAUUCGAUUCUACACAUUGUAAUCCCCUACCCCCAAUUUUAUGAAAUAAAAAUUACUCCUAUCCAAAGAGAAUCUUGUUGUAACAUAUAUACUACCAAUGAUUUGAUAAGCUA